GCUCCGAGGCGGUGCCCGGGGAGGCGCAUCCCGGCGAGGGGCAGCCCGACCCCUUUUCCCCGGCACAUCUCCCGGCCCUGGAGCCGCGGGAGGAUGAAGCAGGCGCUGGUGGACGACACCGAGGAUGUGUCCCUGGAUUUCGGGAGCGAGGAGGAGCUGGCGCUGCGGAAGGCGCGGAUCAGGCACCCACUGGCCACCUUUUUCCACCUGUUUUUCCGAGUGAGUGCUAUUGUUACCUACUUGUUCUGUGACUGGUUCAGCAACAGCUUUGUUGCCUGUUUUGUCACUAUUCUCCUCCUUCUAUCCUUUGACUUUUGGUCAGUCAAGAACGUGACAGGAAGACUCUUGGUUGGUUUGCGUUGGUGGAACCAGAUUGAUGAAGAUGGAAAAAGCCACUGGGUGUUUGAAGCAAAAAAGGUGCCUACAAUUGCUGCCUCAACUGAAGCUGAAGCCCGAAUCUUUUGGCUUGGUCUCAUCAUCUGCCCCGUGAUUUGGACACUGUUUCUCUUUAGCACCUUGUUCUCCUUGAAGCUGAAAUGGCUGGCUCUCGUGAUAGCUGGGAUCUCCCUGCAGGCUGCUAAUUUAUAUGGUUACAUCCACUGCAAAUUAGGGGGACAGAAGACCAUCAGCAGAGUAACUUCGAGGCUGUUUGGCACGGGAGAUGCUCCCCAGAGGCAGAGCAGGAGGAUUUCAGAGGAUGGAACUGAAGAACAUGGCAAGACAGUCCCUAGGUAAUCAAACAAGGAAGAACUAAAAGGAUGAGCAGUAAAAUUACUAAUUCAUGAAAGCUGUUCUUCACAUGAAGAUAUUUAAAUAAAGCUCUUCUAGAAUUA